CUGCGCAGAUUCGGGAGGGGAGCGAUUGAGCUAGGGGGAGAGGCAGACCGUCAGACAGACAGAGGGACAGUGGGAAAGAGGGAUCGCCGCACAGCCCGGGCAGCUCUAGCAGCUUCUGAGAAGGCGCCGGCCGUGACGAAGAUUAGCCUCCGGAGCCCAGCAUCAGCACCCCGAGCCCGGAACACCUUCGGCGGCGGCGGCGGCGGCGGCGACGGCCGCAUCUCUCCUCCGGGGCCUCCUUACCCCCAGCGUCCAGCGUCGUCCGAGAACCGAGGCCGAAUCCCCGCCGCCGCCGCCGCCGCUGCCUGAGCCCGCGCCCCAGCCGCCGAGGCUGCUGCCGGGGGACCGAAGCAGGGAGAGCCCCUGCAGCCGCCACCCGAGCAAGCUAGCCCGCCUGCCCCCGUCGUCGCGGCUCGUUCUUGAAAUCAUGAAUCCUGUUUAUAGCCCUGGAUCUUCAGGGGUUCCCUAUGCAAAUGCCAAAGGAAUUGGUUAUCCAGCUGGCUUCCCAAUGGGCUAUGCAGCGGCUGCUCCUGCCUACUCCCCUAAUAUGUACCCUGGAGCAAAUCCAACUUUCCAAACAGGUUAUACACCCGGUACACCAUAUAAAGUGUCCUGUUCACCCACCAGUGGGGCAGUGCCACCUUAUUCAUCAUCACCCAACCCUUAUCAGACUGCAGUGUACCCAGUUCGAAGUGCCUAUCCACAGCAAAAUCCAUAUGCACAGCAAGGCACUUACUACACCCAGCCUUUGUAUGCAGCACCACCUCAUGUAAUUCAUCACACCACAGUUGUGCAACCAAAUGGCAUGCCAGCAACUAUGUACCCUGCUCCCAUUCCUCCACCAAGAGGAAAUGGUGUGACUAUGGGAAUGGUUGCUGGGACCACUAUGGCAAUGUCAGCAGGUACUUUGUUGACUACUCAUUCCCCUACUCCAGUAGCCCCUCAUCCAGUUACUAUGCCCACAUAUCGGGCCCCAGGAACACCAACCUAUAGCUACGUGCCCCCACAGUGGUGAUCAUCCUGGCAAAUGUUUGAAGAUGGGAGAUAUGCAAUCAAGUAAUUGAGGUUUAACAGUUGGUGCUGAAGCCCCUCAUGCCUCCAACCAGGACUUUCUUUCUUCUGAAUGCUUUCAACACUUUGCUAAACACUACUAAAUUCAGAUCACUGAAGAUUUCCAGUGCUGCAUAUCUUACAUCUUGGAACUCCAGUAGUUAGUCUUAAAAGCAAAUCCUGUUUUGUGGACUGUCUUGCAAUUUUUUAGCUAACUAUAAUGAUAAAAAGGGAGUAUAAAUUUAUUCUGAUCCAUAUCUAGUUGAAUGCAUGUUUAAAUACACACACACACACACCCACACACACACCCUC